CCUGCCCCCAUCUGUGCAGCCAAUCAUUGCGCACAGCAGCCCAGAACUUUAAGGAGGCUUCUACCAGAGCAGUAACAAACUUCUGGCAGCUCCCGACAGCAGCAUCCCCCGGACCCAGCAGCCCGAACAGCCCGUUCCUCCUGGAGACUGUCCUGGUUAUAGAGCCGUGGAUAUAUCGCUGGUGACUUACAGUAUACGUCUGGCUGUGCCCCUAGCACACUGAGAGCCAUGUCUAUGCUCCCUUCGUUUGGCUUCACCCAGGAGCAAGUAGCCUGUGUGUGUGAGGUGCUGCAGCAGGGGGGCAACCUGGAGAGGCUGGGCAGGUUCCUGUGGUCCCUGCCAGCCUGUGACCACCUCCACAAGAACGAGAGUGUGCUGAAAGCCAAGGCGGUGGUGGCCUUCCACCGGGGGAACUUCAGGGAGCUGUACAAGAUCCUGGAGAGUCAUCAGUUCUCCCCGCACAACCACCCCAAACUGCAGCAGCUCUGGCUGAAGGCUCACUAUGUGGAGGCAGAGAAGCUCAGGGGGAGGCCACUGGGGGCUGUGGGCAAGUACAGGGUGAGGAGGAAAUUUCCCCUGCCCAGGACCAUCUGGGAUGGUGAGGAGACAAGUUACUGCUUUAAGGAGAAGUCAAGGGGGGUGCUUAGAGAGUGGUAUGCCCACAACCCCUACCCCUCUCCCCGGGAAAAGAGGGAGCUGGCUGAGGCCACUGGACUUACUACCACCCAGGUCAGCAACUGGUUCAAAAACAGGAGGCAAAGAGAUAGGGCUGCGGAGGCCAAGGAGAGGGAGAACACAGAGAAUAACAACACAUCCGGCAACAAACAGAACCAACUCUCCCCGUUGGAUGGGGGGAAAUCUCUCAUGUCCAGCUCCGAGGAGGAGUUCUCACCCCCCCAGAGCCCAGACCAGAACUCAGUGCUGCUCCUGCAGGGGAACCUGACUCACCCCGGGGGCUCCUCUUACUCUCUCAGCGCCCUCAGUGCCUCCCAGGGCGGGCUGGCCGCACACCACCAGCUGCAGGACUCACUGCUCGGACCCCUUACCUCCAGCCUGGUGGACCUAGGAUCCUAGGCAGACCUUUACCAGCCCGGGCCCCUCUGCCAGGGGCCCCAGUGACUGCACCCUUACUGUACAUAGCCAGACACUUCGUGGUUUCAUCUCAUGGUACUUAUUAUAUAUAAAGAGAAAUAAUGUGACUUUUUUUUUAUUCCUGAUCAGAAGUCUACCCCCCAACUCACCCAACCUCCACCCAAUGCUCUUAUAACGACCCCCCAUAGCUCUUCUGCAAUUAGCCAAACGCUGACAACAGGGGCACUAAGGCACCCUCCUCCCAAAAUGUUUCCUCCAAUUCAACACAGCUGUUCUACAAUACUUAGGAUAUACGACACUAGAGGAUAUUAUUGCUCUUUAUUUAUGAAGAUCCGCAUAUAUAUAUAUUUUUUUUUUCUCCAACAAACAAGAAAACAUAAAAAUUGGUGGAACACAGAACAGAUGGAAGGAUAAUGCGUGGAAGCUGAGUGCUACCCAGUGGCACCCACACAUGUGAUCACCAGUUUGGAGGAGGUCACGUUUACAUUUUUUUCACUGUUAGUGUUAUAAAACGAUUGCAAAGUAGUUUAUAAUAAAAUACAGUAUUAGAAAAAAAAUUCA